AUGCUUCUGUUUGAGGUGCUCAGGCUAUACCCUCCAGUAAUUAUCCUCCAGAGGCAGACAUACAAGACGAUGAAACUUGGGCAUGCGGUUUACCCACCAGGAGUUCUCCUGCUGCUGCAUGUAAUCUUCGUCCACCAUGAUCCAAACCUGUGGGGCAAAGAUGCCAGUGAGUUCAAUCCAGAGAGGUUCGCUGAAGGGGUCUCAAAGGCGUCGAAGGAACAGGUUGCGUUCUUCCCGUUCGGCGGAGGCCCUCGAAUUUGCAUCGGCCAGAACUUUGCGUUGCUGGAAGCAAAGAUGGGACUGAGCAUGAUUCUUCAGCAUUUCUCCUUUGAUCUCUCGCCGUCGUAUGCUCACGCUCCCCACACUGUUUUCAUUCAUCAUCCCCAGCACGGUGCUCAAAUAAGGUUGCGAAAACUCUGA